CUGUUUCGACCCGGAGUCCUUCGUUAGAGAAACCGAGCUAAACGUGGAGGAAAAAAACCGGUGAACCUCUACAACAUGCAAUUAUCUAAUGUUAACGAUGUCAAAAUAUAUAACCUUAGCUAUGGAAAGUCUCUCCCUGAGUGGUUGUCAGAUCGAAAGAAAAGACAACUUCAAAAGAAAGAUGUUGACAUCCAGCGGCGAAUUGAGCUCAUACAGGACUUUGAGAUGCCCACAGUGUGCACCUCCAUCAAAGUGUCCCGAGACGGUCAAUUUGUCCUGGCUGCAGGCACAUACAAACCCAGAGUUCGCUGUUAUGACACAUAUCAGUUGUCCCUUAAAUUUGAGCGAUGUUUGGAUUCAGAGGUUGUGGCUUUUGAAGUCCUGUCAGAUGAUUAUUCUAAGUUGGUUUUUUUGCACUGCGAUCGCCACGUGGAGUUCCACGCACAGCACGGCCACUACUACAAGACUCGUAUUCCCAAGUUCGGACGGGAUUUUUCCUACCACUACCCCUCCUGUGACCUCUUCUUUGUGGGGAUGAGUUCAGAGGUGUACAGACUGAACCUGGAGCAGGGCCGCUUCCUGAACUCCCUGCAGACAGACGCUGUGGAGAACAAUGUUUGUGACAUCAACCCCGUCCACCAUCUGUUCGCGACUGGAACUUCUGAGGGAAGGGUCGAAUGUUGGGACCCUCGCACCCGGAACCGGGUGGGCGUGCUGGACUGCGCCCUGAGCAGCCUGACUGAAGGAACAGAGGUUCAUGGUCUACCUUCCAUCAGCGCUCUGAAGUUUAACGGCUCCCUCACCAUGGCUGUGGGCACCAGCACCGGACAGGUGCUGCUGUAUGACCUGCGUUCCAACCGGCCGCUGCUGGUGAAAGAUCACUUCUACAACCUGCCUAUCAAGUCUCUGAACUUCCACGACCAGCUGGACCUCAUCGUGUCUGCUGACUCCAAGAUAAUAAAGAUCUGGAACAAAGACUCGGGAAAGCUGUUCUCCUCCAUUCAGCCUCAGACCGACAUCAAUGAUGUCUGCAUGUAUCCCAAUUCAGGGAUGCUCUUCACGGCCAACGAAGACCCCAAAAUGAACACAUUCUACAUCCCGGCUUUGGGCCCCGCUCCUCGCUGGUGCUCGUUCCUGGACAGCCUGACGGAGGAGCUGGAGGAGAGCCCGGAGUCCACUGUCUACGACGACUACAAGUUCGUCACCAGGAAGGACCUGGAGAAUCUGGGUUUGUCUCACCUGGUGGGAUCAUCUCUCCUGAGAGCCUACAUGCACGGCUUCUUCAUGGACAUAAGGCUGUAUCACAAGGUGAAAACCAUGGCUAAUCCUUUCGCGUACGAGGAGUACCGCAAGGACAAGAUCCGGCAGAAGAUCGAGGAGUCCAGAACGCAGAGGGUCAACGUUCAGAAGCUGCCGAAGGUGAACAAGGAGCUGGCUCUCAAGCUGAUGGAGGAGGGCGACCAAGAGGCAGAGCUGGCUUCUCGGAAGAAGAAGGGCAAGGAUGUCCCCAGCAUUCUGGGGGACGACCGCUUCAAGGUGAUGUUCGAGAACCCGGACUUCCAGGUGGACGAGCAGAGCGAGGAGUUCCGGCUGCUCAACCCCAUCGUGUCCAAGGUGGGGCAGAAAAGGAAGAAGAAGCUGCGGCUGCUGGCUCAGCAGGAGGCCGCGGUCCAACAGGAGGCUGAUGAAGAAGAGGAGCCAGAAGGGCGAGCCAGCUCCGAGGAGGACAGCUCCGACGACGACAAGAGCUGGGUGGAGGAGGUGCGGGAGCAGCGGCGGUUGCUGUGGCAGGAGGGCAGAGACCGCCGGCGGCUGGAGAGGAAGGAGGCCGACCGGAACACCGUCCUGCUGGAGCAGAAAGAGGGCGAAGGAGAGAAAGCCGAGAGAAAGAAGACGAGCCAGCCGCAGUUUUAUCAGAUCAAAGCCGGAGAGGAGUUCAGAAGUUUUGGCGACAUGGCCCGCAAGCAGAAACUGCAGAAGGCUUCUCUGGAGGAGCGGCUAAAGCUGGAGGAAAACUCAGGAACCGUCAACACAGUAGACACGGCGGUGGGCAGCAAACAGCUGACGUUCACUCUCAAAAAGUCGGAGCAGCAGAGGAAGCAGCAGCAGGCGGAGAGGGAACACCACGAGGAGAGGAAGAAGCUGAGACGCUCCGCCGGACACCUGAGCAGCGCCCGUGGGAGAGGAUGGGGGAGGGGGAGAGGAAGAGGAAGUGUCCACUACUGAAAAGAGACACCACAUGAUCCAAUGUACAAACUUGGAUCAAACAUUUCUUUGAUUUUUUUUCCAUCUUGUCUCCUCCUGCCAGUGGUUGGAGAGAUGAAGUCAGGCCGCGAGACCAGGAAAAAAAACGUCUCGUACUGAUUUAGUGAUAGAGCUGUCUGGCUCCUGGGUGGUCUGAGCCUCCUGUCUGUGAGCAGCAUGCAUAUUAAAAACAGAUUACGUCUGUCAGUGCCUGAAUGAAUGUUAAAGCAAGAUGGUGCGUCUGAGUCGUGAUCAUCAGUUGGUUGAGAUUUCACAGGAAACUCCUCAAAAAGCCAGGUUUAGAGCAGACGAACAAAUCUGUUUUGAUAUUUUUAUAAUGUGUUUAUCCAUAAUUUUGUUAAUGAAUAAUAUCUUUAUUUGACUUUUACAGUAUAUUCGUAGAAAGAUUUACAUUUGUGCGGUCUUGUAUUGCUUUUUUUUUUAAACAACUUUUUUAUUUCUUUGCAAAAAAAAAAGGAUGGAGCAAAAAAAGCUUUACCUUAUUAAAACAGAAUAAUAUUUUCGAUAUUUCUCAACCAAAUUGUCUUCUACCCUCAUAUCAAUACCGUUGUAUCAUGGUUAAAGCUGUGAAAAGGCUCCUAGUUUAUAGUGGCCACUCAACAUAAUUAAGAGCUGUGAAUGUGCUUCAAAUCAUUGCCUUUUGUGCUUAAUGGUAACGUCCAAAGGAAAGUGUAAAUGUUGUAUCCAAGCAUUAUAAGGGAAAGUUUAGUGGAAGGAAAAAAUGUGUUCAAGAACCACCCCACAGAGACGCAUCCAUGAAUCACUGGGCUAAGGAGAAAAUGAACAAUGGACUGUUGCUCAGUAGUCCAAGGUCCUCUUUUCAGUAAAAGUAAAGUUUGCAUUUCAUUUGGAAAUCAAUGUUUCAGAUACUGAAGGAAGAGAGGCACAGAAUCUAAGCUACUUGAGGUCCAGUGUGACUCGGCUAUUAUUACCAUGGUAUCACUGUGAUAAGAAAUCUAUUCUAUCUGUGUUUGGUGAGACAUCGCCAUCACAUCACAUCUGAAAACAAGUCAUGGAGGGAGUUUUUGAUGGCCCAGAUGAGUAGUACAACAAGCACCUUUUAGAUCUGCAGCCAGUCAAAGUAGAAGUUGUUGUCAUGCAUCUGUUUCUCCGGCGCAUUUAACGCAGCCCACCCCGAUUUAUCCUGUGAGAAACUCUAGAGAAGAGGAUGUCUCUACAAUGGCCUGGAUGGAGGACAUUUAAUAAAAUCGUAAUUGAUUACCUUGAUUAUCCUCGUCAGCCUCUUUAAAACUCAGAAAAAUGUGUCAUCCCCCUUAAAAAUAAAAAUACAUCAACAAUGGGAAGACACUUACUAAUAGAAUCAAAUAUGCGGGUCCCUGCCAAAGCUGUCAAUCGUAUCUGGUCUUUAGUCUCGUUUCCACCUGAUUAGGAUUCGCAGAUCAGGAAUAAGAGGAGAAAAUCUAGUUAUACUGCUGAAGAAUUGAUAAGUUUAGAAUAUAAAGGAGCUAUUGGCUCUCAGGCUCAUUAAAACUCAUCUGGUGACAGCUUCAUAAUUCCCAUAUCAUUCGUCUGUCAGGUUUUUGCUUGUUAAAUUCUCUUAAUUUGCAUUUUUUUUUCUACUUUUGUUCAAACCUGGACUUCCAGCAAUGUAACUCGUCAGUCAAUUUCCAAACAUUGUGGAACUCUUUCAGAAUGUAUUGCAACAUUUCAAUGUUCAAGUUGAUUAUUUUUUAUCCUGAAUGUGUGACAAUUUCCUACCUUUAAUCCCCAUCUUCACUUUCAUCUGAUUGGAGGGCACGCCUGUCCAGUCAUCCUGCUUUGUAAAUAGAGAAAAGGCUAUUGCUUAAAUUGUGCUUGUGUCAUCAGAACAGAGUGUAAAUGGGUCUUGAUGACUAA